CGGCCGUCCUCCUCUACAGAAGCCUUCGCCCCACACAGUCGUCCAGCUCGCUGCGCGCCGCGCCCUGGAGAGUCCCUGCGACUCGCACCUCCUCCCUCGGAGUCCUCCCGCGCGAGUGGCGCGCGUCCCCGCACGCUCGGACCCGGUCCUUCCCGGCCCUCGCCCACCCUUCACUCGCGCGUCCGUGGUCCUGAGGGGGCCCCGGCGCGAGCGGCGCGGGAGGGAGAGCUCGGCGGCCGCUCGCGCACACGCGGGCUCACUCCGGCCGGGCUGCCGCAGCCGGGGACGGGGACGAGGACGAGGAGCCGGGCGCAGCCGAGCGGGCGCGGAAGUAGCUGCUGCAGCUGCUGGUGACAAUGUCAAGCAACGGCCUGGACGUUCAGGACAAGCCCCCAGCUCCUCCCAUGAGAAACACUAGCACUAUGAUUGGAGCUGGCAGCAAAGACACUGGAACCCUAAACCAUGGCUCCAAGCCUCUGCCUCCAAACCCAGAGGAGAAGAAAAAGAAGGACCGAUUUUACCGAUCCAUCUUACCUGGAGAUAAAACAAACAAAAAGAAGGAGAAGGAGAGGCCAGAAAUUUCUCUUCCUUCAGAUUUUGAGCACACAAUUCAUGUUGGUUUUGAUGCUGUCACAGGGGAGUUUACGGGAAUGCCAGAGCAGUGGGCCCGCUUGCUUCAGACAUCAAAUAUCACUAAGUCAGAACAGAAGAAAAACCCACAGGCUGUUCUGGAUGUUUUAGAAUUUUACAACUCAAAGAAGACUUCAAACAGCCAGAAGUACAUGAGCUUUACAGAUAAAUCAGCAGAGGAUUAUAAUUCUUCUAACGCUUUGAAUGUCAAGGCCGUGUCUGAGGCUCCUGCAGUGCCCCCAGUGUCAGAAGAUGAGGAUGAUGAGGAUGCCGCCCCACCGCCCGUGAUUGCGCCUCGCCCGGAGCACACAAAAUCUGUGUACACGCGAUCUGUGAUUGAACCACUUCCUGUUACUCCAACUCGGGAUGUGGCUACAUCUCCCAUAUCACCUACUGAGAAUAACACCGUUCUGCCAGAUGCUUUGACCCGGAAUACUGAGAAACAGAAGAAAAAACCUAAAAUGUCUGAUGAGGAGAUCUUGGAAAAAUUACGGAGCAUAGUGAGUGUGGGUGAUCCUAAGAAGAAAUACACACGAUUUGAGAAAAUUGGACAAGGUGCAUCAGGCACCGUGUACACUGCAAUGGAUGUGGCCACAGGACAGGAGGUGGCCAUUAAGCAGAUGAAUCUUCAGCAGCAGCCGAAGAAAGAGCUCAUUAUUAAUGAGAUCCUGGUCAUGAGGGAAAACAAAAACCCAAACAUUGUCAACUACUUGGACAGUUACCUUGUGGGAGACGAGCUGUGGGUUGUCAUGGAAUACUUGGCUGGAGGCUCCUUGACAGAUGUGGUGACAGAAACUUGUAUGGAUGAAGGCCAGAUUGCUGCUGUGUGUCGUGAGUGUCUACAAGCUCUGGAGUUUCUGCAUUCAAACCAGGUCAUUCACAGAGACAUCAAGAGUGACAAUAUUCUGUUGGGGAUGGAUGGCUCUGUCAAGCUAACUGAUUUUGGAUUCUGUGCACAAAUUACUCCUGAGCAGAGCAAGCGGAGCACCAUGGUGGGAACUCCAUACUGGAUGGCACCAGAGGUUGUGACACGGAAGGCGUAUGGACCCAAGGUGGACAUCUGGUCACUGGGCAUCAUGGCCAUUGAGAUGAUUGAAGGAGAGCCCCCAUAUCUCAAUGAGAACCCUCUGAGAGCCUUGUACCUCAUUGCCACCAAUGGGACCCCAGAGCUUCAGAACCCGGAGAAGCUGUCAGCUAUCUUCCGAGACUUUUUGAACCGCUGUCUUGAGAUGGACGUGGAGAAGAGAGGGUCAGCCAGAGAGCUGCUGCAGCAUCAGUUCCUGAAGAUUGCCAAGCCCCUCUCCAGCCUCACUCCGUUGAUUGCUGCCGCAAAGGAGGCAACCAAGAACAAUCACUAAGACCACGUUCAGCCCCAUCGCAUUGUGCCAAGCCUUCUGUGAAGUAAAUCUCAGCCCCAGGCACCCUCCUUCUGCCCUGCUUCUCCCAUCUCCUGAUCUAGAGCUCUCAGGACUGUGAUCUUUGGAAACCAUAUAUCCAGCACUGAAGAGAACUGAGCAACUGAUCCAGUAGUCACUGUUGCUAGAUAAGGAAGUUCCUUCCAAUUUGUGAAUGUAGGUUGCUUCAUGACCAAGGACUUACAGUGUGUAAAUCUUGGAUCUCUGUUUCUCCAUAGCAAAAUCUCUACCAUCCCUGCUCCCCACUCCCCACAACCAGUUCUUGACAAUAUCAAUUUGGUGUUUGGUAAUAUUCACAAUUUGCAGUUGAGAUUGCAAAUUGUGUACUUGCUCUUCUGUGAGUGGAUUGCCAGUGUACCACAUUGUACCUGCCAACCAGAGCCGCUCCGGAGUGCCGUGGAGUUUGAUCAUCUGCCAGGGACGUGAAGUGCUCAGCGUCCAAGACCUCGACUGGCGCAGCUGAUCUGGACAUGGGAGAGCUACUAUCAUUUUUCUUUGUGUAUGCUUUUGGCAGCUGUUUGGGAGGACCUUGACCCAAUAAUGUUCCCCAUGCUAUUUCUUGUGAAGUGAUUUGGCUGUGUAGCAGCUUCUGAUUCCCUGUACCCCAUAGGCUGUUGCUCUGCUCUGUCCUUGUUUAUAACACUGAGAAGUUUCCAAAGGCACAUGCUGAGUGAGAGCACAGUGAGAAGUCAGGAGGAAAAAAUGCAGCUACUUUUAGAGCAAGGCUGGGCAUCAGCACCUGUCCACCUGUGCUGUGUGACAUUUCAAGAAUUCGCCUCUUUUUCCAUCGUGGACGGACUGCUGAAAGAUUAAAUUCAGGUGUUCUGGUCUAAAUAUUUGAGUCAAAGGAGGGGGUCUCCAAAUCUGAUACUGUAUGUUAGUUUGGGCUGGGUUUGGUGACCUGAAAUGAUGUCCUAUCUGGGUAUCAGUAAGGUGACCCUGUUUUCAAGAUGCAUGGCCGAGCUCUCUGCAAAUGGAAAUGCUUGCACUGGGAGUUGGGAUGUUGGCUACCUCCUGCAGUCUGUGGCCAUGGUCCUCCCGCCGUGGUAGGAUGCUUGGCCAGCACUGUGGCUUGUCGUACCAGCCCCUUGGACCACCUUGUCAUGCUCUGAGGGUCUGCUACCUCAGCAGCACAAGUUUCUAUUUCCUUCAAUAAAAGGAGAUGAAAA